AUGGGGACAAAUUAUGGCUCAAUGGCGAAUGGUGAUCCGGGGAUUUCCUUGUCUCCGUACUUGAUGAACACGAAUCCUUUGACUCUGUCCGGGAUACGCGAAGUAGGAUCCUGGAGCGAGUGGAGUGUAUCUGACUUUGUAUCCUUUCUCGAGUUCAUAAGCAUCCAAAGUGGCUUUCGAUGGUCCGUCCAUUUGAACAGUAAGAAUUCCGGCACCAGCAUUGGCUGUAUUGAUGACAAAUUCACACUUCUGUCCGGUGGUUCCCUUGACAAGUCCAUCUCCCGAUGCGAAGAUAGCAGUUGGAUCACAAAGAUCCUUUCCACCGACACGAAGUCUAAAUGGCGAAUCACGCAUUGGUGCUCCAUCGAGAGUGACGUGAAUGAAGUGGUUUCCUGUCUCCUUUGGCACAAAUCUCAUCGCAUAACUCUCUCCGUCUUCAAUCGGGACAAUAUCGAUCGUGUCGACCUCGUUGUUUGGAGCAACGACCUUCGCCUCCAAGUGUCCUUUGGCACGAUGAGUGAGGACGGUGAAUGUGAAUGCUUUUCCAGCUGGGAUUCCUUGAUCGUGGAACUGAGCCAAUUCCAACUUUCUGACUUCUCCGGUGGCUGGAGCGACGAAUACUUUGAAUGGCGAGUCUGGGAUGUGUUGGUCGUUGAACUUGACCGCCACGACGUACUCUCCUGGAGUCGCAACCUUGUAGUCGACAUGACAGUUUCCGUCUUUGUGGUCCUUGAAUUCAAGAGUAGCCUUGGAUGGUCCUUCGAUCGAAACAGCGAGGGCACCGGCUCCAGCUUCACGAUGGUAGAUGUUGAAGGCAUUGAGUGUUCCUGUCUCUCCACGGACGACUCCUUGACCGGCUGCUCGGAUCUAGAAGAAGGACACAUGAGGUGGCGGUGA